AUGGAAAAGUCCAUACAACCUACUGCCGAAGAUAUCGGCCACGGAGAGAAGGAGCCAGGUAGGCAGCGUGUCCUCAUUCCUCCAAUCAAGAACCUAACAACAAUAGUAAAAUGGUACCGAUCUACCUUUUACAAUGCUCUUGUCCUAGGGCUCUGCAACUUUCUCGCUCCAGGCAUUUGGGGAGCAAUGAACUCGCUCGGUGGAGGCGGCGCUGAGAAGCCAUACCUCGUCAAUACGGCGAAUGCGCUCACGUUUUGUCUCAUGGUCGUCUCAUGCUUCUUUGGCAGUGUUGUUGUUCGGUACAUCGGGAUCAAAUGGACCCUGGUCGUAGGGACCAUUGGCUAUGCACCAUACGCUGCAGGCCUCUACACCAAUAACCGGUUUGACAGCGAAUGGCUUACGAUUUUCGGCGCCGCUCUCUGCGGUCUCUCUGCCGGAAUCUUCUGGAUGGCAGAGAGUGCGAUAGCUCUAUCCUAUCCAGAGCCAUAUAAUCAAGGACGAUUCCUUGGUUUCUGGCUGAGCUUCAGAGUCGGUGGGCAAAUAGUUGGCGGUGCUAUCAACCUCGGAGUCAACGCCAAGCGCUCGACUGCCGGGAGUGUCUCCUACACUGUCUACAUCAUAUUCAUUGCGCUUCAGGCAAUCGCUCCUUUUGCUGGGCUGCUGUUGAAUUCUCCGUCCAGAGUGCAACGAUCAGACGGCCUUCCAGUCAAACUUCGCAUCAGCAACAGCCCAUUGGUUGAGUUGAAGGCAAUGUGCAAGUUGUUCGUGAGCCGGAAUUACCUGCUGAUCGUGCCGCUCAUCUGUCAAGCUGUCUUCACCGAGGCAGUCAUGUUCAGCUAUCUCUCACUUUGGUUUUCAGUCCGUGCCCGUGCGCUGGGCUCGUUGCUGUCCGGAAUAAUGGCACUGAUAGCAGGCAAUCUCCUCGGCGCGUACCUUGACCAGGAGUGGAUUCGCCUGAAGAUCCGGAGCCGUGCAGCAUUCGCCACCAUACUCAGUCUCCAGGGAGGAUGGUGGAUCUGGGCAACAAUAUUGGUCACGGAAUACAGAAAAACACAGCCGACUUAUGACUGGGUAGAUGCGGGAUUUGGUCGGGGGUUUGCUGUAUAUCUUUUCUGGGUGGCUGGAUUCCAGUUGAACUACAUGUUCCUGUACUUCGUCGUCGGAAACAUCGCUAGCGAUGACGAAGAGGUCGUUCGCAUUGCUGGUCUACUUCGAGGCACGGAAUCUGCAGCUCAAGCCGUUUCGUACGGAGUUAGCAGUAUUCCAGUCAUGGCAAGCGUCGGUAAUAUUUAUCUCAACUUCGGACUGUGGGCAGUUUCUCUUGUUCCUGCCUGGCUCGUCGUCAGGGAGUUUGGAGUUUCCAUGGGCGAUAGAAAAGUGUUGCGAGAGCAAAGGAGGACUGGUGAGGCCGCAAAUUAA